AUGUGGACUCGCAUACGAGUCUUGGGUAUGCGUGAAGUCGCCAAAAUAGGCUACCAGUGCCUCAGCGAUGGAGAUAUGGAGGAUUGGAUCUCUAAACCGUAUGUCGAGCCAUCGAGCACCCCCACGCUUUUUGCGUUCCCAGCGCAAACGAAUCUCAACGGCCGGCGUCCUCCUUUACGCUGGUGCAGGCAAAUCUGUGCCGCUGCUGGUGAAGGGGAAGGAGAUUUCUCCAGCUUGCUCGAUGCCGCCUCAUUCGUAUCCACGGCACCUCUGCACGUAAAUGAGAUAGCACCGGGUUUUGUAGCCCUUAGUUUCUACAAAAUCUUUGGGUGUCCUGAUCUGGGCGCUUUAAUUGUUCGGAAAAGCGGCGCCCAUGCCCUGCAUGGACGCAAAGUUUUUGGCGGUGGCACGGUCGACAUGGUGAUAGCUUCCGGCGAAAAAUGGCAUGUAAAAAAGCAAACUUCCAUUCAUGAGGGGCUGGAAGACGGAACCCUUCCUUUCCACAACAUUAUGGCCCUGGACGCCGCUCUUGACACUCACAAGCGUCUGCAUGGUUCGAUGGCCAGUAUCUCGGCCCAUACCGGGUGGUUGGCCAAAGAAGCCUAUGAUGUAUUCUCUACACUGCGACAAUUUAAUGGGACAAAGGCCUGUCAUAUGCUGAAUAUUCGAGGGGACUGGAUUCCCAAAACGGAGAUCGAAAAAGUGGCCGCCACGCGAAACAUUCACCUGUGUUCCGGGUCAGUCUGCAACCCCGGUGGAACGGCUUGCUCUCUUAGGUGGGCUCAUACAGACCUUCGUCGCCACUAUGUAGCAGGCUUACGCUGCGGUGCUGACCAUGAUGUGCUAGAAGGCCGACCGACUGGUGUCCUUCGGAUCAGCCUGGGUGCAAUGACCAGCCUCGAGGACAUUCAAUCACUGGUUCAUUUCAUUCGGGAAUUAUACAUGAAGAAGACCCCACACAAGGAUCGAUCAUCUCUCUGCUCCUCUGGCAAGCAGCAAGUUCUUCGCGCGUCGCUUUUGUGUUGA